AGCCAGUCAGUCUUCCUUCAUUCAACAUUCGCGUUUCAGAAAGACCGUUCAAAACACACACACACACUCAUACUCACACACUCACACACUCAAAAACUCAAUGCAAAAGUAUAACAGCGACGACGACGAUGAGCCGGACUACACGGCGAUGAGCAGCGCCGCACAUGGCGCAGCAGACGGACUGGGAUCCGUCUUGCGACCCAAGCGCCGCAACCACCGCCAGGAGAAGGAGCUCCAGCGCGAGAAGAAAAAGUCUCGCAUUGAGCGGGCGAUCGAGCAGAGCCGCGCGGCUGGCCCCGCAGGUCAGCGGCCCAUUGGCGGCGCAGCCAGCGAGCGCGCGUGGAAGUCCAGCAACCACGGCGACGCGCCCUCAGCCGAUGGACACGCUGCCUACAGCAAUCGCGAUGGCGAAAACGACGACGGCGACGAUGCCACCGGCGGAACAGUCGCCGGAGGCGCUGGAUCGUCGAGCAAGUCGGCGCCGCCGCCGCGUGGAGGCAGCCACAGUAGCUCCAGUGCGUCGGGUCGCUUCCACCGUCCUGGAUUCUAUCCGGCAGAAGACGCUGCUGCUGCCGCUGGUGGAGCCAAUAGCGAGGCCACGCAGCAGGCACGCAUGAACGCAGGGCUGGGUCCGCGUGCGUACACUGUCUCGGUCGCCAUUCCCGGAUCGGUGCUGCACCUUGCACAAUCAGCCGAGCUCAAGACGUAUAUGGCAGGCCAGAUUGCACGCAGCCUGUCGCUGUUCAAUGUCGACGAAAUUGUCAUCUACAACGACGGCAGCGGCGGCAAGCAAGCGAGCUCAAGCAUUGUCACGACGGAGGGCGAGUUUGAGGGCGCUGGCAAGCAGGCCACCUCCAACCCAGACGUGUUUUUGGCGCGUGUGCUGCAGUAUCUCGAGACGCCACAGUAUCUGCGUCGCCAGCUUUUCCCGAUGCACCGCGACCUCAAGUUUGCCGGCUUGCUCGCCCCGAUCGAGUCUGCGCACCAUCCCAAACAGGACGAGUUUGUCGAAUUCCGCGAAGGCCUCGUGCAAAGCCGUUCCAAAGGGCAACGCGGCAAUGCCCACAGUCACGGACCAGCAAGCGCGUGGGACGACCAGGAGGGCGGCGAGCAGCACCACUCUGCGCCGUUGCCCACCAGCUCGUUUGUCGACGUCGGCUUGCGAACGGAGGCCAAGAUCAACGUUGCGCUGCAGCCCGGAACGCGUGUCACUGUCCAAUUCCCACAGUGGUCUGUCGACAACAAGGACGGCCACUUUUCGCAGCCCUCCCACCACCGCUACCCGUCCGGCAACGUCGUGACGCCGUCGCUCCCUCGCGAGCUGCGUGGUUUGUACUGGGGCUACUCGGUGCGACUAGUGCCAACCCUCAGCCGCGCACUCGUUGACUGCCCCUUCAAUGAACGUGGCCGCUACGACCUUCUGAUUGGCGCCGGCGAUGAGGGCGAUUCUGUGGACGAUAUGAGCGAGCUGCCCGAAUUCAAACAUGCCCUCAUUGUGUUUGGCGGUGUAUCGGGGUUGCCUGCCGCGAUCGAAGCCGACGAGUCGAUGGAGGCGCACAACCCUCGCGCCGUCUUUUCAAAGUUCCUGAGCACGUGUCCCAGCCGAGGUUGCCGCUCUGUUCGACCGGAUGAAUCGUUGCUGAUUUCUUUGGCCGCCUUGCGCCCUCACCUUGCCCAUGCGGGAGUCAAGAGCACCGGUGGCGUGACCAAAUCGACUGCCAAGCGAUCAUGAGUCGCGUUUGCAAGCAGUUUCAGUGUUAUGUAACCGAAAAUACAAAACAACCA